CUUAGCAGUUGAUGAGAGCGACGUUUACAGUGUACGACGAUCCACGACCUGAAAGUCUACGUCUGCACUACCAACUCGUUUGCUCAAACGAAGAGGAGAAUUGAUUCAAUAGCGUUUUCGCCUCUCGACCUUACCACCUCCGAUAGAGUGACCAAAAGAACAGGAGUCACAAGGAGACACGAACCACAUAUCGUGGAAUCAAAAGACGUCGGGACCAACGCAUACAAGGGAAGCUGAGUGGACGUAUCACGAAAGGCAAUCAGCAGGAAGUCUCCUUGCAAAGCAAAAUGGCGACUCCAACCACUGCUGGAAUCGAGAACCAGCCACCUGACGCUCCGGCGUGGCGUGAAAAUCUCAACACUCACCUGAUCUGCCCCGACUGCAAGCAGAUUCCGCCUGAGCUGAUUGAAGAGAAUGCCGACACCAUAUGUGCGAAUUGCGGAAUGGUCCUGGCGGAGCGCCUGAUCAGUUACGAGUCUGAAUGGCGUACUUUCAACUCGGACGAAGGCAAAGGCGAAGAUCCCAACCGUGUUGGUGAGGCCGACAACGAACUGCUUCUGACCAACAAUGCGGGUACGAUGAUCGGCGGAGGUGGACCAAAUGUCUCCAAAGAGACCCGGAAGCUCAAAAAAGCACAGGCUAUGCAGCUUGAGAACAAAGCAGACAAGGCUUUGCAGUCGGCCUAUGCCCAGAUCGAGGCGUGGGGCGAGAAAGCGCGGCUCACUGCUCCUGUCAAGACUGCUGCCAAAAUGUACUACAAACGCGUGUACGAGGCCAACGCUCUUCGAGGCAAGCAGCAGGAUGUCAUCCUAGCUGGGUGUCUCUUCAUCGCUUGCCGACAAUUGAGGACGCCCCGUUCCUUCAACGAGAUAUUUGGCUUGACCUCAGUCCCUAAGAAGGAAAUCGGGCGGGCCUAUAAGAACUUGGAGAAGUUUCUGACCAAGGCAGCCCAUGACAACAUCCAGGCUGUUGAGGGCAGUGGAGGAAUUGCCAAUCGGGAGAUGCUGGAAUACCGUGGCACACAGUCGACCAAGCCGGAAGAUCUCUGCGGCAGAUAUUGCAACAUGGUCGGUCUCAACUUCCGAGUCGAAUCCAUUGCGAAGGCGCUUGCCAAGAAGAUUCCGACCAUUGAAGGUCUGGCUGGUCGUAGUCCUCUUUCCAAUGCCGCAGCGUGUACAUACUUCGCUAGCUGGCUGAUUGGUUUUGGCAAACCCAGCAAACAGAUCAGCGAAGUGGCAGGUGUCAGCGAUGCUACUAUCAAACACGCAUAUCGCUUCCUCGUCCAGGAGAAAGAACGCCUGGUCGAGGAGAGUUGGCUCGGUGAGCAGCCGCCCCCUCACGGAGGCUUCGGAAAGCUUGAAAACCUGCCCAAUGCCUAGAGCCUGCAUUCGACAGGCAGGCCACCUUGUCAUUCCUGCAGCAAGUCGGAGCUGUUUGGAUGUCGAUGCUAAAGCGGGGAAGCCACCCCUAUCGAGCAUUCC